AUGGCACGAAGGUCUAGCAUAGUGGGGCAGAUGAAUGGCGUGGCAGGCAUUAAAGCCGACACACGCACACAGGCAGAUUUGCCGGUAUUGUUAGGAACGAGGUUAUCACUCAUUGCACCGCCACUGCCCCCACUCCUCCCCUUCUCCUCCUCCGCCGCCUCUCUCCCCCUUCACUUCUCUAGCGCCGCCCGUCGCCACACUCUGGCCGCCGCUGCCGCCGCCGCCGCUGAUCAAGGGAACAUUGAAAGCCACUGCUACUCACAAGACCGCCAGCCACCCCGCGGCGCCCCUCCAUCGCGCCCACCAUCAUCACCACCAUCAUCGCCUCCGCAGCCGCAGCCGCAGCCGCACCAGCCAAGCGCAACCAACACGCCAGCCAUGACCAGUCCCGCCACCGCCACUCCAACCCCCAGUUCUCUCAGCGCCUCACAGGAUCUGGAUCUUGCCGUACAGCUGCCCCCCUCCAGCAACCUGGAUGACAGCCUGGCUGCACGCAAGCAGGCCACCGUUGUGUCGCUGAACAACCAGGGCGGUCUGACGGAGUUUCCAGUGGUGCUGUCCGAGGGCCGUGGUGGCGGCGGCUUUCACUGGGUGGUGGGGGAGACACAGGGCCGUAGGAGGAGCAUGGAGGAUGCGCACGUGGUCAAUUUAGAUAUUGACGGCAACGGUACGGCACUCUUUGCCGUAUUUGACGGCCACGGCGGCCGCGAGGUGGCGUCCUUCUGCGCGCAGCACAUUGUAAGUACGGCACAGACAGGGGACGCCGAGGUUGAGGAAGUGGUUCGCUCCCCCGCCUUCUCCCGGGGGGAUCUGGAGGGGGCUCUGGAGGCGGCGUUCCUGGCCCUGGACGGCCGGAUGCGGGCGGCGGACUGCCGGGGGGAGCUCGCGGAGUAUGCGGAGGGGAACGUGCAUACGAAGAAGUACGGCAUAGUGGACGAGCAAGGUCUCUACCAGGGCCCCAAGGCGGGUUCCACGGCGGCUGUGGCGGUUAUCCGGGGGUCCCAGCUGGCUGUGGCGCAUGCGGGGGACAGCCGGUACGAAGGCGGGAGAGGGGGGGGCCGUGUGUGA